AUGGGGGACUUUACUCAGAGCUUCGACAGCUUGUCAAUGAACCCUUACCCAGACCCUUACCAACAACCCGAGGGGAGCCUGGACUCUGGAGAGUUCAACCAAGCACCGACUAGACAACAUGUCCAAGAUACCCACUACAAGCACAAAAGUAGGUCUAGGUAUCCCGAAGAGCAGCCUGAACCGAGCCACUAUGGUCAUGACAGAGGCAAAAGCUCUAGAUCGUCCAAGAGCGACGCCAAGGGCCUGGGAUAUGGCUCGUCACGGAGUUAUGGCAGAAGCUCCAGAUCAUCGAGAUCAGAUGCAAAGGGAAAAGGCAGGGAUCCUGACAUGCAGCCCGCCAUCGGUUCAUCUAGCAAGCAUAGUGGUAGCGAUGCAAGGGAUUCUGGAUAUGAUAUGCCAAUUGCGGAUGAAGAUCUUCCUCCUGGCGGGAAGCAUGCUAGUAUGGGUGUCGAAGACAUGGCUCAGCAGUUUCUGCCGGGAUCGGCUCAAACGACGCCUACCAUGUCCUCUGCAACCUAUGCGAUGCCACCAAUGCCGCCUCGUGCACAAAAUGUCGGGAGGUUAGACGAUGGUUAUGCACCGGAUCUUCCGCAGAGUCUUCAAGAUAUUGCAGAUAUGUACUCAAGGGGCAUAACAGUGGGGCCCUCAUCAUCAUCAUCCUCAGCCAUACCAGGAUCGGGACCUUAUGCGCCUGCCGAAGAAGAUGAUCAAGUAUCUGAGCUCACAUCACGGCCUCAUUACUCUCAGAAACAUUCGAGGAGCCAUGUGCUGGAGGAAGAUUCGCCCUACAAUGAAAACUUGAGUCAAUAUGUCGUAGAGCCAUCCAGAAAGUUUAGAUUUGGAACAGUCUUCAAGAUCAUGUGGGCAGAACCAAUGGGCAAUAGCCGGCUAUCAAAACACAAUAAGGAUCCUGUCGGGACAGGUACAUCUAUCAGCGAGUUCGGGCAACGAAAUAUCAACGGCACUUUAUUAUAUGAAGGUAUUCGUCGUUUUAUUGUAGUUGAUGGAACGGAGAAUGGUGCUCGCAACGGAAACAGUAUUUGUGUGCCAAUUGCUACUUACAAAAGGCAGGGAUGCACAAAGCACGGGAUAAAGGCUGUAAAUCACGGUAUCAUCCAUACGCCGAACCAAACCCCAAUGAUGCUGAACGGCGAGCCCCAGCUUGGUGUACCGCCUAUUCGGCUCCUACUCAACCAGGGACUACAGGGGAUCGAGAAGCUCGCGCCAGAGUCACGCAUCAACUACUCGAAACACGUGACCAUUGAACACAAUGCCGUUGUUCAUAUCAUCGGCCAGAUUCACCACGAUGACCUGGAAAUCCUAGAAUCUGGUGUAGACAGUUGUUGGGAGAGGCGAGUCCGCGACCGCAAAAAGGACAAGAAGCAGCAGCGCAACAAGGGCUAA